GUCACGGCCGGGAGGGAGGGAGCCGCCGCCGCAGCUGCCGCCUCCUCCUCUGCCACCGCGCCCGGCCCGGACCCGGGACCCGUCCUCGCCUGGGACUAGCGAGCCAGGCUGGACUGGCCGGGCUGGCGCCGCAGGAGGAGGAGGAGGAGGCAGAAGACGACGGGGGUGGCAGAGCGGGGGGCCGCCAGAAGAGCUGGGUUGCCCCCGGACGACGAGCCAGGGCCCCGCAGCGCCGAGAUUGAAUGGAAAUAUUUAGACUAGAGAAGAUGAGCUAAAAGUGUUUCAACCAUGUAGACAGAUUUGCAAGCCCUGAAAAAUGUCAGUUGUAUAAUGAAAGUGUUAAAAGCUUCAGACAUCAGGAGCUGUAGUGGCUCCAAUGCUGCUAAAGAACAUGACUGAAAAAGUAAAAGAUUGCUUAGGAGAAAUGGUAACAAUCAAGACAGAACCAUGUUCUCCAUGCCAGGAAGAAGAAUAUGGACAAUUUGGCUCUCAAAAGUUUGACUCUCACUCUGUGGAUGUGGAGCCUAAAAAGCUAAAAGGAAAGCAGGAGUUGGUCAUGUCCAAAAGUUUUCAGCAGGUGGAUUUCUGGUUUUGUGAGUCAUGCCAGGAGUACUUUGUAGAUGAAUGUCCAAAUCAUGGCCCACCAAUGUUUGUGUCUGAUGCUCCAGUACCCAUUGGCAUCCCUGAACGAGCUGUGCUCACUGUCCCUCCUGGCAUGGAAGUGAUCAAAGAGCCAAAUGGGGAACGGGAUGUACGCUGCGUAAAUGAUGUUAUCCCCAAAGGUCGCAUCUUUGGACCAUAUGAAGGGAAGCUGUCUAGUCAGGACAAGUCAGCAGGAUUUUUCUCUUGGCUGAUCGUUGAUAAGAACAACCACUAUAAAUCCAUAGAUGGAACAGACGAGACUACAUCAAACUGGAUGAGGUAUGUGGCCAUAUCUCGAGAGGAGAGAGAGCAAAACCUAAUGGCAUUUCAGCACAGCGAGAGGAUUUUUUUCCGGACUUGUCGGGACAUCCGGCCAGGGGAGAGGCUGAGGGUCUGGUAUAGUGAAGAUUACAUGAAGCGGCUGCACAGUAUGUCUCAGGAGACCAUCAACCGAAACCUCACAAGAGGGGACAGAAAAUUACUAAGAGAAAAGACUGAAAGAAUUAUAGAAAGUCAAGAAGAUGUGAUCUACCCUCUUGAGCUCACUACAUCAAAACCAGGGAAGAGUUCCUACAAACGUAGCUUUGAAGAAGGGAUAUCUCAAUCCCAAACUAAGAAAAAGAAAAUAGACCUCAUCUUCAAAGAUGUCCUAGAGGCUUCUCUGGAAUCAACUAAGGUAGAAGAUCAUAAGUUCACAAAGAAUUCUACCCCUUCCACUCGAAAAUCCUUGAGAUUCCAAAUUCAAGAUGUCUCAGAAACGUGUGGGACUAGUGUUCAAGACAGUUCUAAUCACAGUAGACACAGAAAUGAGGGUGAGUGGAAGGUCCCUCAUGGUUCUAACUUUACCACGUCCAAAGAAAUUGGCUUGCUGGAAGAAGAAUGUGAAGAACCUUUAUCAUUUAAAAUGAACAGCCCCACUGAUCUGUCUCUGGUGUCAAAUCAAGAUGAUGCUCUCGAACUCCCAACAACUUCCUUGUGUCCCAACUGCAUACGGCUGAAAAAAAAGAUUCGGGAAUUGCAGGCUGAGCUAAAUCUGCUAAGAUCUGGCAAGUUAGCUGAGCCAUCUCUACUACCUCCUCAGGUACCUGAGUAUCAAGCAUUUUCAUAUCCCACUGCUUCAGAAAGCAUCAUGUCUGUUCCUACCAUAAUGGAAGAUGAUGAUCAGGAAGUAGAUUCAGCAGAUGAAUCCGUUUCAAAUGACAUAAUAACAGCCACAGAUGAGCCUUCCAAGAUGUCUGCUGUCACCAGAAGGAUCCGGCGGUUCAAGCAAGAGUGGCUAAAGAAGUUCUGGUUUCUGCGGUACUCUCCUACGUUGAAUGAAAUGUGGUGUCAUGUCUGUCGGCAGUAUACAGUACAGUCUUCUCGAACGUCAGCCUUCAUCAUUGGCUCAAAGCAAUUCAAGAUCCACACUAUAAAACUUCAUAGCCAGAGUAAUCUUCACAAGAAGUGCCUGCAGCUCUACCGGCUCAGGAUGCAUCCAGAGAAGACAGAAGAGAUGUGUCGAAAUAUGACUUUAUUGUUCAAUACAGCCUAUCAUUUAGCUAUAGAAGGCCGGCCAUAUUGUGACUUUAGACCUCUUGCAGAACUACUGAGAAAGUGCGAACUCAAAGUGGUGGAUCAAUACAUGAAUGAGGGAGACUGUCAAAUCUUAAUUCAUCAUAUUGCUAGAGCUCUUAGAGAAGAUCUCAUUGAACGGGUGAGGCAGUCUCCUUUCCUCAGCAUCAUUUUAGAUGGGCAGAGUGAUGAUUUACUUGCUGACACCGUUGCAGUUUAUGUACAGUAUGUCAGCAGUGACGGACCUCCUGCCACUGAAUUCCUUUCUCUCCAAGAACUGGGAUUUUCUACAACAGAUAGUUAUGUUCAAGCAUUAGAUCGGGCUUUUUCAUCUCUGGGAAUGAGGCUGCAAGAUGAAAAGCCAAGUGUUGGUUUGGGGAUAGAUGGUGCUAACAUUACUGCCAGUCUAAGAGCAAAUAUAUACAUGACAAUCAGGAAAACUCUGCCUUGGUUGCUCUGCUUACCUCUAAUGGUACACAAGCCACACUUGGAAAUAUUGGAUGCAAUUAGUGGGAAAGAACUACCCUGCCUUGAGGAACUAGAGAACAACCUGAAGCAGUUACUCAGUUUUUACCGUUACUCUCCCAGGCUGAUGUGUGAGCUAAGGGUCACUGCUGCUACUCUCUGCGAAGAGACUGAGUUCUUGGGAGAUAUUCGAGCAAUCAAAUGGAUCAUUGGGGAACAAAAUGUCCUCAAUGCUCUCAUCAAGGACUACCUGGAAGUAGUGGCCCAUCUGAAAGAUGUCAGUGGCCAAACACAAAGAGCAGAUGCUUCUGCUAUUGCCUUGGCUCUCUUGCAAUUCCUUAUGGACUAUCAGUCCAUUAAGUUGAUAUAUUUUUUGCUUGAUGUCAUUGCAGUCCUUUCACGACUUGCCUUCAUUUUUCAAGGUGAAUACCUCCUUAUAUCCCAAGUAGAUGAUAAAAUAGAGGAGGCCAUCCAGGAAAUUAGCAGACUGGCAGACUCUCCUGGGGAAUAUCUACAGGAAUUUGAGGAGAACUUCCGUGAAAGCUUUAAUGGUGUUGCUGUGAAAAACCUACGGGUGGCUGAAGCCAAAUUCCAGUCAAUUCGAGAAAAAAUAUGCCAGAAGACCCAAGUGAUUCUGGCUCAAAGGUUUGAACCUCGCAGUCGGGCAUUUGUGAAAGCGUGCCAGGUUUUUGAUCUUGCAGCUUGGCCCAGAAGUGCAGAAGAGCUUAUGAGCUAUGGCAGGGAAGACAUGAUGCAAAUAUUUGAACAUCUGGAGGUGGUGCCAUCUUUUUGCACAGAAAUCAGCAGAGAAGGCAUAGACACCAGAGGGAGUUUGCUCAUGGAAUGGCGAGAACUCAAGGUGGAUUAUUAUACCAAAAAUGGCUUUAAAGAUUUAAUCAGUCAUAUUUGUAAAUACAGACAGAGAUUUCCUCUUUUAAAUAAAAUAAUCCAGAUCCUCAAAGUCCUUCCCACUUCCACAGCAUGCUGCGAAAAGGGAAGAAAUGCUCUUCAGAGAGUGCGCAAAAACAAUCGUUCCCGACUUACUCUGGAACAACUCAGCGAUCUUUUGACAAUUGCUGUAAAUGGACCACCUAUUGCCAACUUUGAAGCCAAACGGGCACUAGACAGUUGGUUUGAGGAGAAAUCUAGCAAUAGUUAUGCACUGUCUGCAGAAAUGUUAAGCAGGAUGUCCACCUUGGAUCAGAAACCUGUGCUGCAAAGCAUGGACCAUGGAUCAGAAUUUUAUCCUGAUAUUUAGCAAGGAAUGCCUCUUGUUUAGAGAACUGGUUAUUUUUUUUAAUCAAUACUCUAGGCUUUGGUAUAUUACACAUCACUCACUCACACACAUACAUACAUACACACACACACACACACACACACACACACAGAUGCACAUGUAUGAUGUAAACUCUCACUGAAAAUGUAAGCUGAUAUGAUGGAAGCUAAGAGGAACACAGCAACAUUUACUAUGUACUGACAUCUUCAACUGUGGCAGCUGCAAUGUAGGUGGCAACCUUUCAUUUUUCAGAAACAUGUACUGGGGCCAUAGUCUGCAUUAUCACCCUGACUCAAUUUAUAAGCUAGACAUGGCAGGCCAAUGUCACCCUACGUCUCUAUGCUUUAUGUGUAUGUUUGUUUUUUUACCUCUCUAGUAUUUUCCUUUUGUUAGUCAGCUAUUGAGCCAUUUUAGCCCUUUGCUUAUCAUCAUUGGGAUUUCUGAGCCCUGUGCACAAACAUCUUGGAAUUUGUUUCUAACUUCUCAAGGUCAUCUAGGUUAGAGUGGAUCCCUCUGGUAAUCUGGUUAAUUUUCAUGCUAUUGUCAACUAGCCAGAAUACUUUUUCUUAGCAUGACACAUCAGUGGGCAGUUCCGGUGUUAGACAAAUGUCCUGUGAAAACUCUACUAACAAGUUCAUAUAUCUUCUUACAAUAUUGAUAGCAUGUUCCUGUGAAAAUAGCAUAAUUCAGAUUAGCGAAAUGGGGGGUGGUGGUGUUUUUGCAUUUAUAUUUUUAUAUAGUGGGAAUAAGAAAAUUGAUUAAAACUCUUUACUGAAAACCCAGGCUGCUGUGGAAGCUAGAUAGCCAAUGAGUCAAAUCCUUUUAGAGGAUUUAGACUCCAGGGCUUAAAAAUACACAUAUGCUAAUUUUAUGUUAUUUAUACUUGGUCUUUAUAAUCAUAAACUGACUGUGUUUUCUGUUUGUUUGUUUGUUUGUUUGUUUUUAAUAAGUGAAAGAAAUACCUGCUUUCUUUGUGUGGCAGGAUAUAUCAAUGCAAAAUUCAUCUUUAUUGCUUAACAAUUCUCAAGGUUCUUUUCCUGGUUCACAUAUCCUUCUUUUACUAACAUUUAAAGUUCCAUUGUGUGGCUAAAACAAAAACAGAGUAUUGUGCAUAUACCUGUGAAGUGUGAACUUCCUUCAAAGAGUGCAUAGUCUAAUAGAUAAUGUGGAUUAUGAGAUUUGGAGCUAAAAUAAUACAUGCAUUCUGAAUAACUUUUUUUAGCUUAAUAAUUCAGGAUUGUUUAUGAUAAACAAGCCUCCACACCUGUUCGUGCCAUACCCUAUACAUAAAGCAGUGUUGCAAAGUUAUAGCUGUAUUAGAUGAUCACAGAAGUGAAAAUACAAUUUUGGCUGCAGGAUCUACUAGGGUAGCAUGUUUCCAGAGGGACUAAACUCAUGCCAGUUUGCUUUUUUUUUUUUCUUUUUAAAUUCAGUAAAAUGAUGUCAGUUACACUGAACCUAUCCAUUUUCCUUCACUCCAUUCCCAUUUUCUCCAUCUUCUUCCGGUUAGUUUUGGUGCUAAAUUUCUCUGGAACCGUUGCUGCUAGUAGAUAGUUUUUCAUUUAUAUAACGAUAUAUUGCGUUAUUUUUAAACAAUAUGUUUUCAGUCAUAAUGUAGCAUGUGGUUAAAACAGUCUCUCUCAGGACAUAUCUACACCGGGCAUCUUUUCCAGUAUCAUUUUUGUUUGUUUGAUUUUAAUUUGUCUUUUGAUAUUCAUUGUUCCAGUAAUCACCCUGCCUUAGUUUUUAUAAGUAUGUUAUUGUUAUUUGCAAGAUUUUAAGCUUUUUUUUAAAAAAAAAUCUUGACCUAGAGUAUAAAAGAAGAGGGCAUCAUGCCUCCCUCCAUGCCGUCUCCUAGGAUUUGCAAAUCAGCUGCAGUUUUCAGGAAAACGUGUCCAGUCAGAAAGGGAAAAAUAGCUGAGGUCUUUAUAAUAAUGCACAAGAUUUGCAUAAGAAAACUUUUAAAAAAUAAAUAAAUAAGGAGAUAAAGGAAGAGCAGGGAUGGGAAGUAGACCUUGGGGUUUGGAAUGGAACAAUCCUUUGUCCAAUCUAAUUGCAAAAAAAAAAAAAAUGCCCCUUUGCUAAGGUGGUUACCAACUUCAGUCUGGGAAGAAGAAACAGGAAGUGAACAACUAAUUGCAUCCAUCACAGAGGAAAAGGUGUGGAGUUGAACAGAUGGAUUUCUACCUUUAGUCACUUCCACUGCCGAAGGCUCAUGCGCUGCCUUCUCAUUCUAAGCACUCUUUCUUUCUGCGUAACAGUGAAGCACAUACAUUUGCCCCUGUUCAUUAGUAACUUUGCAGAUGACAUUAUAUUGGACUUAAGCGGUUCACUUUCUCCAAUGUCAUGUAUUGGGUGAUAACAAAUACUGAAAUUGAUAAAACUGAUAAAAUGAUGAAAUAUCAAAUGUGAAAUGUUUUGACCAUUUGAUUAUAUAUAAAUUAUUUUAAGCAUUGGGGCAACUCUCAUGGUUCAGAAAGCAUUACUAUGACCGAAAGCGCCUCUUAUGUGUAACCAGUAAGAGAAAAGCCUUGUAGCCCAUGGUUCAUACCAUUAAGGAAACAAUUCGCCCUGGUUGCCGAUAAGGUGCUUUCCAAAAGGCAACUUGACUUGACUUUUCUCCUUGAAAACAUUUCACUUCUCAUCCAAGAAGUGAAACAUUUCUAAGGAAAAACUAAGGAAGUCCAAUUUGCCUCAACCAUGAUCUGGAUGAGUGAAACACAAAAUUCAAUUAUCUCUAGGCUAUGUAGAGAAGAUUCUUUGUCUAAACGGACAGUAGAAUGAAGGUUUGCAAUGCUGUAGCAGAGUGCUAAGAAUAGAAAAACAUUUAUGUAUCCUUUUUUAAAAAUCUUCCUUGCUAAAAACCAUAGAAAUUUAAAUUUUAGGCUGUGCUGUAACUAAAUCAGAAUAUGAUGCAAAUAGCAUUUUAAAAGGAUCUCUUCUUGCCUCCAAUAAAAAAAAUAAUCAUGCACAAUUCAGUCUUAUUAAAUAAAUGAUGCUUAACUUUGGCUGCAUCUUUCAGAUGUUUUCUGACAUUGCAAUAUUUUAAAGUUACUUCCUGCUCAUAUAUAAUUAGUUAAUAUAAUGUGUGGUCAAAAAUUGGGUUAUCUUUUUUUUUUUUUUCAGUCAUACUUUUUAUGCUACAAAAAGGGUUUCUGUAGCUGGGCUCAGGAAUUGUUAAUUUUUCUUAUAUUCAUAGUCCAGGUUCUUAGCAUUUGGAGAAAUUGUAGGCAGUGUUGUUUUACUUCCAAAAUGUAAUCAUAAGUAUGACAGCAUCAUUAAAUUCCUAUACACCUCUUGAUAUCAGGUGAAUGAUUGUCAAUUAUUAUGGCUAAUUAAAUGGAUAAAAGAGUUUCCUAAAAUAAAAUAAUGGUUUGGUUGCAAUCAAUUCUAUUUCACUGCUGUCAUAUGUAAGAUUUAGUAGCAUAAAGAUAGAUGUAUUCCUUUUUUGUCAUAUUAAAAUUGAAAGUAUAAUUAUUUGGCAAAUCUUCCGGUGGAGAAGGUAAUAAAAGGGAUUAUUGAUUUGUGUGGUAGAACGUGAUAUGGUGACGUAAUCAUCUAUCUUUAACCCUAGAUCAUAUGAAAAAAAUUCUAUUUAGAAUUAUUGAGGAGGUGGGAGCAAGGGGUUUUUCGGUAUUAUCUUUUCCCUAAAAAAUUGUCCAUGCUCAUUUAUUAUACAAAUGUGCAUGGUCAUAUUCUUAACCAUAAUAAAGGCUGUAAUAAAUUGAAGUGAGAAAAAAGAACACUAGAGGGCAUCCACCAUUAAUAUAUUGGUGCUUAUCUAUUGCAACUGAAGAGCACAAUAAUGCUUUACCUACUGAUUAUAAAAAUUAUAGUUAAUGUUAUUAAAAGUAUUUUUUUUUAAUUUGUAAUGAGAUAAAGGGCUCAAGCUCAAAAGGAUCUUGUUCUAAAAUCGAAAUAGAUCUGAUACCCUCUUUCAUUUAGGCAAGGGACUACUUUUGUGAGGCUGUGAUCUCUUACAUGGCGAAAAAGAUCAGUAUGUAAUGAAUUAUUUCUACUCUACUCAGUGCCUGUGACUAUCUUGACAAAUAAGGUCUGGUUGCAGAUUUUGCAGUUAUCAGCCUACUGAGGCUUUUACAGGUGUGAUUCCAUUGGGCACAAGCAUAUUAAACUGAAUCUUUAUUUGAGACUGAAUCCAAUCCGCUGGCAGUGUAUAAAAUCUCUAUGAUCAUCAAGCCUGACACAGCAGUAAUUACGAAAAUGAAUUCAGGCAACAAACUUUCUUCCAAUUUUAGCAAAAGCACAAUGAAGAUAUGCAUGGGUGAUGUGAGCUUGUACUCUAAAGAGAGAUGAUUCUGCCACCCUGAUUUUUGUACUGAAGUGCCUGUUCCUUGCACUUUUUGCUCGUACUGGUUCACAAAGAACGUUUAUAUAUCGAGACCACAGCACAUAUGUGCCCAUAACAAAGUAUUUCAGGUUAUACAGUAUUUCUACUACUACUACUGUUUCUGCUAGUAAGUUACUGUCAAACUUCCAAAGCAGAGUGAAAAGGCUCAGUUAGAAUCCUUCCUCAGUUUAAUAAAAUUCCUCUUAAGCACUAGCAAUCUGUUCCAUAGCCAUUGUAUCUCACCCCACUAAAAUCUAUGCAAUUCUUAUCACCCCUUGCAGGCAACUAAAAUAUAUAUGCAUGAAACUUGGUAUAUUUCUACACUACCAAUUUGUGUGAGGUGUAAUCUAAAUAUAUUGGUGGGACAUGAGCCUUGAAAAUGCUCUUUUUUUGAGUGGGAAUUCAGCACACUCCUUUCCCUCCUAGAUUGCACUCAUUGGCCACGCCCCAGAUAGUCAAGCACUUUAAGAUUAUAUUGAUCUCAGUGGAAAAUUUAAGAAUAAGUCUUAUAAUUAUUCAGUUCCACCACUGAAAUCAAUUAAAUAAAAGACUUCAAACUUUAAUUAGAUUAUGAAGAUACUCUGUAAGGCUUACCCAUUGUAACAAUCAGUGUAAGAAACAAACCCUCAUGCCUAUAUAUCACUAUAUAAAUAUUCUUUCUCAUUCAUACGCACACAUAUGCAUAUGAAUGAGAAUAGUUUGUGUGUGUUGUGAAAUAUAUAAGAACAAACUUUAGAGAAGCAACUGCUCUUAUCAUAAAGUGAGGUCCUGAGUUUAUGUGAGGAAUACAGCACUGAUUAUCACUGUUCUCGGUCUUAGCAUAUCUAUAUUUGUUUAUAGUCUUAUUUUGGGGGGCUGUUUCUCUUGGGAUAACUAUUGAUUGAAAGUAUUGCUAUGGUCGGGAAAGGGAAUUUUUUGCUAGCAUAGUUGAUAAUAUGCUAAAGUUCAUAUAACAGUAUCGGGACCAUCUUAUAAUGAAUGAAAAUGAACCUUACCUCUCCUUGUUACAUAGAGUCUGUACAUACAUAUAUUCUCGCUUUGGCAAAUAUAUAUUUGAUUGAUUUGUGCACUUUCUCCUCUGCUUACCUUGACAUAAUGAGUGCAAACUUCAGGUUAUUGCUCCCUGGUUGAUAAAGCAUGAUUGUUCAUUCAAUUUGAAAUAUAAUCCUUGGAUUUAUCAUGCCAAGCCAAAUUCCACUGACUUCAGUGGUACAAGCUCAGGCAACUCAGGACAAGAACACAGCAUUUUUUUUUCCCGAAGGUUAAGAGAAGGGUAAGAACUGUAUGGAGAAGGGAUAGCAUGAAAGCUUAAGUAGGAGGGCAGGGAAUAAAUAGAUAAAUAAAGCUCUUGAAUGGAAGGGGGAAUGGGAGCGUGUGUGAGAUGGGCACCCAUUAUCUUGAUGAGGCACUGUGUUGAGGAAGAGCCACUUAGCUUCAGAAAGACUAAUUUCUGCACAUAAGGUAUACCAGCACAGAAGGUGUUUCGCAUUGAACCAAGUGGCAUGGUAGCACUUAGAAGUGGAGGAGCAUUUCUCUUUGUAAGAGUGUUUCUUUUAAAUUUUGAAGCUAAGUACCUCUUUGGGGCUUUGCGGGACUCUAUAAAAUAGGCAAAUAUAUUUAGCUGAGGAGUCACGCUGAAAGCUUUCUCAGUACUGGCCAUUGCAUUACUGUUCCUUAGCUACCUACUUGCAUUCGUUUGGGUAAUUUUUCAAAGUGCAGCUAAUUUCUCAUUGUUUAUUGAACAAACUCAGUUGACCAUUUAAGUGGUUUUCAGGAUGGUCAGUAGGUAUGUCAUCACACAGAGGAUACUGUUAUCCUGAACACUGUAUUAAUUUAGUAAUGUUGGCUUAAGGCAUUAUGAUUGAACCACUCCAGUAACAUAAUGUUAAUAUGACUAUUCUUUUUGGUAUGAAUGGGGAAUAUGGGCGGGGGGAUAUUGGCAACGGUGUGCCACAGUUUUCUUCAUUGAUGUUUGUGACAUAUGCCCAGAGCUUUAUGAGCUACAUAUUCUCUUUUCUUUGCUCAAACCUGAAUAAAGCCAUUUGGAUUUUUGCAGCUGAAAAUCCAUUUCUGUUUAUAAAGCAGGUAUCCUAAGCAUUAGUGAUGUUCAUAGGCUCAGUUGCCACAUUGAAAGAAUGGGGAAAUUUAAGAUUUGGACUUCCAAUCAUACUGGCACUAUAUAUUAUCUUAUGCAAGUUUUAUUAGUAGCAUUAUUAGUAUUAUUAUUAGGGGCUGGAAGGGAGAAUGUGGGAACCAUUUUUUCUCUACCACGUGACUGCUUUGAUGUUGAGCAAGCUUGUGCUGAACACAUCUGCUGAUAAAGUUUUGUUACUUUCUUGUACUAUGCCACACAACUCUGGAAACUCACCUCAGUUAUAAACCUGGCUGGCCUGAAACUCCAGAAGUUUCAGAACUGUAAGCCCCUACAGGAAUGGCUACCUAAAAUCUUUUCCUCAGGACUGAAUCUCAUGGAUAGUUAUAUUUUCACGGCUACUCGACUUUCUUCCAGCCCAUGUGCUGCCAACAAUGCACCCUCAGUCUACACCAAAAUCUUUCAACAUUGCACCUCUUCCCAGCUGACUCAAGAGGUGCAUCACUCAAAUGAUUGAUCCAUUAUGGAAGUGCAACAAGGAGGUCUGCCAAACAUUCCCAUACAAACUCAUUUUGCAGAUACAAGGGGGUGCCUCAGGCCUCCUCCUGUUUGCCUUUGUCCCUCUACCCCUCACUGACUCAAUUCCAAACUGUUUGGUCAUGCACAUGUAUAAAUGAGGAAAGGGGGAGAAACAAUCUAGAAAUCUAUUACUACGUAUGUAUUAAAAAUGUUAAUACCACAUCUUUUCUGACAAUGUUUUUAAAAAAUGUUAUUACUUUGCAGACUAUGCUUUAUAGUACCUGUGUGAGAGGGGCUAGGACACUGGAUACGAAUAGAGCUAUGUUGAUAUAUAAUAGUAUGUACACGAGAACCUUCAUUUUGUCAUACAUUAUACUUGUAAUGUAAUAUGAUUAAUUAAAAACACUUCAGUUUAUUAAAGUGAGUCAGUGUACCUUUAUCUGAAGACAUGGGCUGAAGCUUAUUGCAGAUUAAUUUUUGUUAGUCUUUAAAGCUAACAAAAUAGUGUUAUUCUUGCUAUUGCAAGCUAAUUGGAAUAGUCCUUAUUGUUUUAUAACAUGUUCGUUAAACUCUCCAUUAAAAUGGAAACAUCAUGCAUUGUAAAGAGACAGCUUCAAUGGGGAUUAUCUGUUGUUUUCCCGUGUAAAAUCACUGCUUCUCAGUUGUGGUUCCAGUAAGGCACCUCACUUCUACUCAUCUGCUCUCCAAACUAUCCAUUUUAGUCACAUUUUUGUCAGUUGAUAGCCAUGGCAAAUGUCAAAGAUGUUCUUUUCAAGCUGUUGUGCUUUGGGAUUUUUGUUUCAUGCUUGCAAUGUUCUUUAUUUGGGGGGAAUUGAACAUAAACAUCAUUUAAGAUUUUGAAGACAGAUCAAACUUUCCAUACUGGACUGAUGAUGGAGCAGGAGGAAGAGAACUGUUCUGUUUGUGUGUCUGGCCUGCCAAUAGUGAAGAAUAGUGCCAGAGUGUUAGAGUCCAUCCACUCACUAAGAAUGUCACAAGUGAUUCUCCUCAAGAAUCAGCUGAAGUGUUUUAACAUCACCACAUUUUAAUAAUCUUAUCCCAAAACAUUGACAGAAAUACUAAACUUGCAUGAAUUUUCAGUGUCAUUGCAUUGAUCAUGCAUAAGAAUGAUAUUUGGCAUUAAUAAUAUGUUGUCACCCCAUUCAUAUUAGAUUGACUGCAAAUGUUACAGUAAUUAAGGCUAAACAGCCAAGCAAUUCACAAAUAUAAAAUCAAAAUAUAGUCAAAUAACACCAGUCUCUAGUCAACAGCGUCCAUAAUGUCAUGCUGGCCAGAUGACCAUGGAAAUAUCUUUGGAGAUCGCUAGCUCAAUGGCCUUGAAAUGACGAUGAGCACCCUUUGCUAUAGUCAGCAAUGAUUAGCGGAGUAAAAUCCACAAGGACUCCUUUACCUUUUUUUACCUAAUGAAAAACCUCCUACUGGUAGCAUCAGCUAUGUUACCAUGGCUGUUUUUGUUGCAAAAGUUAGACAUAUCAGACAUAUCAGUAUUGAACUAGAUGUUCUUCAAAUAUUUUUUCUUCCAGAAAAAAAGGAAUAAAU